AUGUAUUCAAAGAUCAUUGCGAUCAUUUUACAAACUUGUCUUAUCGUUAAAGUGAUGACACCUCCAAAUUCUAAUCCCAUUAAAAAUAUUUUAUCGAGAAAAAGUAUAAAAGGAAUUUUUGUUUCCGAUAUCUUUCCCAACAUAGUCAUAGUUUUGAUUUUAAUUCAAACAUCCCUUUACCUUUACGUUAUGUGUCAACAAGAAAUUGGUUCGAUACCGAUCUUACCUGAUGAAAAUCAUAAAUUUUCUGAAUGGCAACUAAUGGAAAUCUUUUGUCAUUUAUGUAAUAUCUUAGGAUACUUUCUACGAUUAUGGUGUUUUGAUACUUUGAAAGAAUAUUUCACCUUUGAUGUCACAAUCAAAAAAGACCAUAAAUUGAUCACCACAGGACCAUAUUCUUUAUUAGUUCAUCCUUCGUAUACUGGUGCUAUUUUGAAAUAUAUCUUGGUAUUACAGAUGAAUUUUCAAUUAUGUCGUUAUAUUCCUGUAUACUUUCCAUCAACGAUGGGUAACAUUUUAUCAAGUUUGUGGUUUAAAGCGUUUCAAGUUAUUUGUUUAAUUAAUGUUCUUCACAAUCGAGUCAUUUAUGAAGAAAAGUUGGAUUUAUCUCAAUGGAUGCUUCGUUUCACUACGGAAACUAUCUUUCAAAUCACAGCAAAUAAAAAAGUUUACGCGUUGGCAAAUUAUUUCAAUAAACUUUCUCCAAAGGGAAAAGUUGGUUUUGAUUCCACCGUAUUAAAGGAAUCAGAAGAAUUCAUUCAUAGGGUUGAUGAUUUUAUUAAUAGUUUGAUCUAUUUCUUGUUAACACCAAAACUUAUACGUCAUUCUCCUAUUGGUGGAUCCUAUCAAAGAACCUUACAAUUACUUAAAGAACGUGAUAAUAUGAUCAAUGAUUUGUUGAACUUGGUCUCUCAACGAAGAGAAGAGAUUAAUAACACCCCUUUGGAUGAACCCAUCACUCCUGAUAUGCUUACCAUGUUGAUCACAGUUAAUACCGAUAGAAGUAUUAUUGAAAAUACUGAUGAUAUGAAUACCGAACCGAUGACGGAUGAUGCUAUUGUCGGUAACUUUAUGGAAGCUGCUGCUGGAGGUAUCGAUACUACUUCUGGUUCGGUCUGUUUCGUCAGUUAUUUUAUGGCUCAAUACCCUGAAGUAAAGAAACGUGUCUUUGAAGAAAUUGACUCGAAAUUUACACGUGAUCAAAAAUUAACUUUCGAAGAUCUGAACAAACUUCCUUAUUGUGAGGCGGUGAUUCGAGAAACUUCUCGAUUCUUUCCAACCGUAGAUCUUAAUUAUCGUAUGAAUACCAAGGAAGAAAUCUUGAAUGGUUACGUUAUUCCAGCCGAAACUCAAAUUUAUAUACAUCACUAUGGUAUGAAUAUGCACGAGGCUCAUUGGUCUAAACCUGAAAUAUUUAAUCCUGAUCGUUUCUUGAACGAUCGAGAAAAAUCUAUGAAUUUUCAAUUUGGAGGUGGUAUCAGAAUGUGUCCGGGUCGAAAUUUAGCAAUGAUGGAAUUGAAAGCGUUCAUGGUAUUGAUGUAUCGAAAAUAUGAUAUCGAAUUGGUUGAUAAGAACGCUCCUUUGAAAACUCACUACUCUAUUAUUAGGCAUUGUGAUGAACUCAAAGUUAGAAUUAAACCCAGAGUAUUCUAA